AUGCAGAGACCAAGCAGAAACUGGACGAGAUUCGUCACGAACGCGACGACCCCUCCUUCUAAGAAACAACUCGUUCAGCUUGAAAGGUGGACACAGGAAAUUCAACGGCGUCAGGCAGAACAAGAAACGUUAAAUCGGUUGGUACAGCAACUGGCCAAACACAUUAAAGGCUCGGCAGUGCAAACCAACACACAAGCCAACUUGUCGGGGUCCAGCGAGUCGCAAGACUCGAUAGAUGCUGCACAUCCACGCAGCGAUCGCCGCAACUCGCAGCUGUCGAAUGAGCAAUCCGAAAUAUCGCCGAGUGACGUCCCGCUCACGGUCGAUGCAGCUGACGAAGAGACGAAGGGCGGCGAUGCUGCGCAAGAGCGACCUCCGUUGUUCACCAUUUUUGAAGCACGCAGCUCGACGGCAGACUCCAGCCGCAGUGAAAGCAAACCCGCCACUCUGUCCAAACCGCAAGUUUUUCGUACGCAAGGUGUGAGCAAAUCGUAA